UCUGGCCUGGUCGAAAAUGCGCAAGAACUAUAAGAUGGCUCUGAGCGCCUGGUCCCCGGAGCUGGGGUUAGGCAGCGAGAAGGCGCUGCCGGUGGCCGCUGUGUCCACUGGCCCCUCCCUGGAAUUAUGCACCUUCCCCUCCACGCUGGGCUCCUCGGUCGCGGCCGACGCUCUUGAGCAGCUCCUUGUUGUGGAACAAUCACUGCAAAGUGACUAUUUUAAAUGCAAUGAAGAAGCUAAGAACUUUCUUAAGGACGUUGCUAUCGCUGUUAAGAAAUUGGAAGAAAUGAGAAAGUCCACAAUAGAGCUUCUGGAAAUUGAAAGCAUGGAACUCAGCAGAUUAUAUUUUCUAUUGGAAACUCUUCCCACUAGGGUUAGCAGAGAAUUGGAAGAAUGUGUCAGGGAUGCUCGCAGAGUGAAUCUUGUUGAGAUAAGUGAACUACACACAAAAAUUACAAGGACAAAUGAUGAAAUGGAGUUUCUGAAGAAGAAAAUACUCCAUCUGCAAACAGAUAACACAGCUCUAGG